GCUGCGGAUUGCCUGGUGUUUUUCAGAGGUAAAUCAGGGGGUGUGUCUGUGUCCCAUACGGGUAUCUGGCUCGGAGAGACCGAGCAGAGGCGGGAAAUGGCGCCUGGUAGCACAGCAGUGUGUCAUUUCGAAGACGAUCCUUGAACAGCAAAAAUACAACAGUGGGGGGAAAAGAACAAACAGUGCCUGUGUUGUGAUGUUUAAUCUGCCUUGAGUCGUUAUUGUCACGUACAGCGGGUCACACUACACUUUACAUGUGACUGCUAAAACAAUGAGGCUGAGAAUGCGAAAGGCGUCUCAGCACCAAAACCCCGCUCUGACCAGCCGCACGUCCCGAACCAAGAGGAGACAUUCAGAGGUAGAAGAAGACCCUCAUGCCAGCGGAGGAAGGGGAAUACUGUCCACCAUCAAGAAGUUCAUCCGAGGAAAUGCUGUCAAGUUGCAACAGGAAAGCCCAGCGAAGAAGACGCGCCUCCACUGCGAUGUGGACAACAACCUCAUAACCUCCACUCCCACAAACGUCAACUCCCCCCGGAGGAGUGCAAGCAGAGUAGGCAAGAAAGACACCAUCAAUGGCCAAGCGACCAAUCAUGACAGGAAUAAGGAGAAGCCCAACGGCAGUCUGGAGGAUACGACUGCUGCUGAGAUGACCACCAGCCCUCCCAGGACCACCCUGCUUGGGACGAUCUUCAGCCCAGUUUUUAACUUCUUCUCAGCAGCUAAAACAUCCUCGGGCUCAGACUCCCCUGACCAGGCCCUGGAGGCUGAGGAGAUAGUGAAGCAGCUGGACAUGGAGCAGGUGGUGGAGACGCCCACCAGCACAGCCACGUCCACACAGGACCUGUGCCCCGGUAACAACUUCUACUCCAGCGUGUCGCACCUGCCGCCUCUACGGCCUCCACACAUCCUCGAGGCGACUCCUGCGGCAGAGGAAGAAGAGCUCGACGCCGACGUUGACCUCCCGCCUCUGACGGCUCCGGGUUCUCAUAUGAAUGUGACGUAUGUGGAUGUUCCUCCUGCUACCGUGCCACCAGAGGCGUCCUACGAGGAAGACUGGGAAGUGUUUGAUCCGUAUUUCUUCAUCAAACACGUCCCUCCGCUGACAGAGGAGCAGCUGACCCGUAAACCAGCCUUGCCACUGAAGACGCGCAGCACGCCUGAGUUCUCUCUGGUCCUCGACUUGGAUGAAACGUUAGUUCACUGCAGCUUAAAUGAACUAGAGGAUGCAGCACUUACCUUCCCUGUCCUCUUUCAAGAUGUCAUUUACCAGGUGUAUGUGCGCCUCAGGCCGUUUUUUAGAGAGUUUCUGGAGCGGAUGUCUCAAAUAUAUGAGAUAAUCCUUUUCACAGCUUCUAAAAAGGUGUAUGCAGACAAACUACUCAACAUUUUGGAUCCUAAAAAGCAGCUUGUGAGACACCGGUUAUUUCGUGAGCAUUGUGUCUGUGUCCAGGGAAACUAUAUCAAGGACCUCAACAUCUUAGGCAGAGAUCUGUCAAAGACCAUCAUCAUUGACAAUUCACCGCAAGCCUUUGCUUAUCAGUUGUCCAAUGGGAUACCAAUAGAGAGCUGGUUCAUGGAUAAGAAUGACAACGAGCUGCUAAAGCUGGUCCCGUUUCUGGAGAAGCUGGUUGAGAUGAACGAAGACGUGCGACCACAUGUUCGGGAGAGGUUCCGACUUCACGACCUUUUGCCUCCUGAUUGAAACCAGCUUGUGGUGCGUCACAACGAAGCAGCAGGAUAAGACUGAAAUCAACAUACGUGUAAAAAGCCUCUCUUUGGAAUACAAAAUACAGCAUUGCCAUUACUUUAAAAAAAAAAAAAAAAAACCUAGCUUUUUUUUUGUUUUGUUUUGUUUGUUUUGUUUUGAGGGGGGAAAGACAAUUUUUUUUAUUUUUAUUUUAUUUUUUUUAAACCUAGGUGUAAUUUUCUAAAAAAAAAAAAAACAACAACGAAAAAACAAACAAAAAAAUUCGUAGAGGGAAAUUACACACAUUAUAAACAUACUCAUGUAGACUCCUCUUUUUAUGAGACUCUCCAGCUGUGGAGCCAGAAAUGAGCUCCACUCUAAACUCUGAAGUCUUGGUGCUGGUUUAGUGGAUGUGAACAGGUAAAGAGGAACGCUUCCCUGAGUCCCUGAACGCCACAUCAGCCCUUCCUGGUGCUCACGCUGUUGACACUGACAAAAUGACACUCUGCAGAUCUUUUUUUUUUUUUAUUUCUUUUAUUAUUAUUAUUUUUUUUAUUCUCCCUGGUUGUUCGGCAGGAAUGAUGGGUCGGUGAAUCAAUCCAUGUAUAUUCACACACUCACUGAUCUGAUGAGCGGGCAAAUUUCCAAUCUGUAGCUUUUAAAAACAAAUAUGCAUUCCUCUGUAGCUCUGUCAAGUUUCUAUUGUAGGUUCCUUUUUUUUUUUUUUUUUUUUUUCCGGUAAAUCUUGGUCUUUCAUUAUUUUUCUUUUUGUUAAGAUAGUAUUUACGAGAUGUUUUGCUUAUAUUUGUAAAAUACAUUUUUAGAAGGGGUCCUGUGAGUUUUAGUGGAAGCCUUUUUAAAAAAACAAAACAACAACAAAAAAAAAACCAUCAUGGGUGCGUAUUCAUAACAGUCCACUUAUGACUUGAACUUAGUCUGGGAAGUUAAAGCUUUGCUCUCAAUCGAAGUCAUAAUAAAUUGUUGUGAUCGCCUUGCAGUAGGCAUAUUACUCCAUAAUUAUCGGGACUACUCUUAGCUGUAAAUUGUGAAAAUUAGAGGGCAUUCAUUUUCAGAUUGUCUCAACAUGUUUUAUCAGUAGUAACUUUUACUUUGUCAUCUAACUGUAAUCAGUAUUGUAUUUUCCUCUUAAUCAAGUGUUCUGGCUAUCAGUAGCAUCAUGAUAAAUGUAGCACAUAUUUGCCAGUGUUAACGGCUCCUCAUGGCUGACAUGUUGCUCGAUCUCAGACCAGCAGCAUCCAGUUUAUUUGAAUCCCCCCCAUUAAACAUUUUUUCCAGUAUAAUUAAAAUGUUCAAGAAUGGCAACAUAAGAAUGUUUCAUUUCAGUCUGAGCUUUUUGGCCAAACUAACACGCAAGUGUCGGUGACGACAGAAAACUAAACGGCAGUUGGUCCCCAAAGUCGCAGUCGAUUGCUGAGAAGUUUGCGCUCAUUGUUCGGCUUUUUUUUUUUUUUCUCUUCUCGUUUGUGUUCAGAUGAAAUUAUCGUGCAUUUUGCGUUAAGUGAAAUGUGAGUGUUUUUAGUUGUCUGUACAGUGCCAUGCAAUCUCUGUUCUCCCAAGUUUCUUCUUUGGGCAAUAAUUGUGCAAUUGUCCAAAAACAAAAAGUUAAUAGCAAAGAGAGACAAUCAAACCUUCUCGGUCUGCAGACAUUGAAACACAGAGACGGUGGGUGCUGUGUGCGUUGUUUGACUUUGUCUCCAUGUGUACAAUUUCCCAAUCAAAACCUUAAAAUCUUUCAGCGCAGAAGUUGUUUCCAUCUGCUCAGUUGGUUGCCUGAAUUUGCCUUUUUUGGGGGGGGGGGGACCCAGGGGAAACGGUGAUGUUUAAUCAGAAUGUUUUGAGUUAAUAUGUUCUGACUAUGAAUGUAAACUACACAUGGGGUGAAGGCUUAAAAACAUCUUUCCAAAUAUUCUGCGUUGUGCUUUGGCUUCGUCACUGAAAAAAAAAUAAAUGAAUAAAGAAGAAACUGGCAGCACAUACAUGUUUAAGAACUUAAAAUUAAAAAAAAAAAAAAAUAAGGAAACUAUUAAAAUGGACUUGGAAUGGAGACGUUUCUCAAGUUCACCAAUCCUGACUGCCAUCUUUAUGCAAGCCUCACUUCUUGUGUGUGAUGUUUCCCCAGCUCGCUUGUUUCCUCGGUUUGACAGUGUGCUAUUUUUGUGUUGCUGCCUUUCUGAAGGAUCAGAGGGGAGGCAUUGGAGACUUGUCAUUCAGCUCAUUUUUAUGUGCAUUACCAGUUUAUUGUACACUGAGUGUUGUACAAUACAUGCAGCUUCUUGUAUGAAAAAAAAAAAAUCCUUAAAAUAAGGAAAAUCUUUUGUAUUUUUGAUUCUUUUUUUAAAAAGGCAUGACAUAUCUACUUUAAAUGUAUUAAUGAAGAUUUAACUUUACAUCAGAUGGGGUGUUUUUUUUUUGUUUUUUUUUUUCUUACGGAUAUCUGUUUUAGUUUAGGACUGUCGAAGAACGGUUAAAAUUAGCAUGUAGACAGUACAACUUGCUUAGUGGGGAAAGUCAUGAAACGAGUCGCAAUCGUGACAUUUUUCUGCAAAAGAGUGCUCCUGUUAAUGGUUUUAUUUUUAUUUUUUACCAAUAUCCGUUAAGCCAUUUUACUUGCAACAAUUGCUGUUUGUGCUGACGAUGUAUUUAAUGUUUUCAGACAUCUUUGUUAUCUAUCAGGCUGUAUGCUAUUGUAAAGUGUAUAUACAGUUACAUUGAAUUUCUGAAACAAAGUUUUAAAAUGAAAAAGA